UUUAUAUAUUUUAUAUAUUUUAUACAGAUAUUUUUUGACUCUUGUAGCUAACAAAAAGCUAGCGCUUUAGUGCAAGGCUAAUUCAUAUGUUGAAUAGAAAGUUUGUGCGAAUAGAUGAUGCUAUGAAAGAUUCUGAAGAGACUGUAACAGCCUUCAAUGUGAGUCAAACUAGCCAUAACUCGAGAAAGAAACUUUAGUUUGCUAAUCCACGAAUCAAAAUCCAAGAGAACGUGGCUAGAAGCCUAUAGAAGCUGUUAGUUUUCGUCGGAUUGCAACCGUUGAGCAGUUACAGCUGGAACAGACACACAGACAGACACACACAGACACACACAGUCAGCUUUACCGUAUCCCUCCUGCGGCUACGCCUCGAGGCAUAAUUAUAGGGCUAUAUUUUGCUUAGCAUUCUCUCAAAGUAAGUUUUUAUCAUAGCCAGUCAAUCUUUAGUCUCGUUGCCAGGCCGAGUUUUCACUUUUAUAUUGAUCAUAAUUAUGCAGCUGUACCUAUUUUAAGGCAUGUAAUUUCGGUCAAAGGUAAACCACAUGCAGGAAUGCUUGAUCAUUUCUGCUGCCGGGUGAAUUUAAAUUCCAGGCAUAUCUAUUAUUAUAAACUAGCCUCGUUCCCAGGCCGAUUUGUCUCUAAAAUAACGCUAGGUCAACCUAGCGUCAUUUUAACUUAUGAGCUAAAAAUAUAGAUCUUGAGCAUAGCAUAACAUUGCAGUUUUACCAGCAGUAUAGCAUAAUUUAUACUCAUAAAUUAAUGUUUACUAUAUGGAAUGAAUAUAAACAAGAACACUAAUCUAAUUAUAAAUCAAGUUAUAAUUUUGUUUAGACCCUGCCAUACAUGUCUUGAACACAACCAUUUUGUUAUGGUUUUGUAUGUUUUAAUCGCAUGAGUCCUAUAUAGGUACAUUUACUUGAUAUAUUCAUGUAACAGUGUUAAGUGUAUAUAGUAUAUAUAUUAUUAUAUACCACACUUAUUAUUAUAAACCACCCCUAUUAUGAGUUCUAUUGUGACUGACUCUUGUUAUAACACUAUUAUAGCCUUGUUCCUAAGCCAAUUUGUCUCUAAAAUAAAGCUAGGUCGACAACCUAAUUAUAAGAGACAAAUCGGCCUGGGAACAAGGCUAUCUAACACACGCUAUUUAGGGCCAUCGCAUGCAUGUAAAGACCAUUCCGCUUUACCUCUGGUAAGACUAACAGCUAUGUUACUGUCACUCUUAUUUUUGCUUCUGUUGCAAAGAGCAGCAUAUUCUCAAGAUUUCUACUUUUCUAGUCACACAGGAAUUUUCCCAGGACUGCAAGUUGACUCCAUUGGGAGAACAUUCAUUGCUGCAGACAACUACCUGUAUAGACUGAAUGCACGGCUAAUAAAAGAGGAGACAGUUGAUCUAGGAGCUACUAUCAUUGAUGAAGGACUUGCCCUGAGCUCUACUGGGAUGUUGGUGGUGUGUUUAGAAGAUCUUUCUUGCUCUGUCUACAAUGCAAGCAACCUCAGUGCUGGCCCUAUCAAGAGUGUCAGUAAUGCUAUAGGGGAAGAUAUAGGAUUUGGAGUAGCUAUCAUUACGUCAGGAGACAGUUUCUACACUGGAGCAAUAACUGAUAUAGGUCAAAGAAUGGUACUGCAACAAUUCGGAGAGGAGUUCAGUAGAUCUUCUGAAAACAAUCCAUCAGGCUCAAGCAAUGAACUGGUUUUUGGGGUUAGUGAUUUUGGACGACAAUUCUAUCCAUUCGGUGGUUUUGUAAGUAGUGGAUUUGCCUAUUAUGUUGUCGUUGACUAUCAACCUGUAAGUGCACGAGCUAUAAGACUAUUACGUGUUUGCAACCUGCCUGAUUGUGGAGGCCCAAGUACCUGUGGAGUGACUGCUUUGUAUGAACUGGGAUUCGAUUGCGGCUUUCAGUCGAUUGCUGAACAUACUCAUGUGUGUGCAGUGUCAUUAGUGGAGGAUUUCAGUGGGAUAUCUGGACCCAUUGCUGUUAUAAAUCUUUGCGUGGGUACUAACUCUAUUUGUGUAGUCAAUAUCACUGCUGUCAAUGAAGCUAUGGAUGCUAAAUAUGACUCUUGUAUUGUGUCACGGACUGUUGGAGAAGAAAUAGGUUUAGCAUGGAAAACAGGUUCCUCAGAAAGCUGCGAUACUCUGCCUCAGCCUCAGAUAACUAUGGACAGAUGUGACACAACCAGUCCAGUUGGCCUUAUCCUUCCAAAUGAUGACAUUGACCUAAUAGCACCACUUCGUAUCUACUUCGGAAACAGUCUUGUGCCCAUUGCUUCAGUAGCUGUGAAGCUGGAGCAGUUUUCCUUUGUGUUUGUUGCAACGUACCAUGAUAGUAGAAUACUAGGAUAUGAUGUCAGUGGUACAUCUAUCCUGGAUGCUAAUAGUUAUUUCUACAAUCUUCCAGUGACACCUGGUGUGUAUCUUUUGUCAUGGAAAGAGGGACUGGACUACAUCACAGCAGCCACUACAAACUCUGCGUUCCAAGUACACAUAGAGCAGUGUUCCCAGCAUAUAGACUGUACCAGUUGUACCAAUGACCCCUGCCCACUGUGUGGGUGGUGUAUAGUGGAGAACAAGUGCUCUCGUCGUUCGCAGUGUCAGAAUACCGAUCUCUCCAUUAGAUGGUCACAGGACAGUGCCAGCUGUUUUACUGCUGCUACUGUGGAGCCUAUGCAACUUGUGCUUGAUCCUGAUAUUUUUGCUAAUAAUGAGCUCACAGUGACCCUGACCUCCCCCGGCCUGCCUAAUCCCCUUCCUGGAGAGAAUAUAUUCUGUCAUCUGGCGGACAGUGAAGGACGUUUCCCACCUAUCAUAGUACCAGCUGUUGAGGUCACCACGGGAACUGUGUUCAGUUGUGAUAUUGAAAGACUGGUACCUGACUACCCUGAAGUACUGAGUGCAACCAUCAAUCUGGGCUUUCAGAGCUCUCUGUUCAAUGAGCCAUUUGAUAUCACCAACCAAGCACUCACCAUCUACAAGUGCUCAGCAGGAGAAAGCUGUAAGGAUUGCCUUGGGCUGAAUAGUAGUCCGUGUGGAUGGUGUAACCUCAACAAGCAGUGCAGUGGAACAUCAGUUCCUUGCAGGAAUGCAUCUCACUUCCUACAGGCGUCUGGAGGCAACAACUUCGCUGCUGUGUGCCCCCUGUUGGACACACACCCCUCUGAUGGGUACAUUCAACCAGCAAGGGUGGCCCAGGACAUUCGACUGACCACCAGGAACCUCAUACCCGCCACGGAUGGCUUUGAGUACUAUUGUCUUAUGAAUGGAGUUAGUCUGACAGCUCAGUAUGAAAGCGAGAGCUCCAUCUUGUGUACAGUGGGCAGUGGGCAACUCACACUUCCCCCUGGUGUUGGAAGUGUCACUGUGGUUGUUAUGGUAACCUGGAUGGGGAAUGAUAUCAACCACACACUGAGCAACAACAUGCAACAAUUUUCAGUGACGUUGUAUGAUUGUCGUGACUUGGCCAGUGGAUAUUUGGAAUGUAUUGCAGUCAGAAUGGGGUCAGAGUUUGCAUGUGGGUGGUGUGGGGGUUUUUGUGAGGUGAGGCAAGAGUGCUCCAACGCUUUCAUUACUGAUGGGAACAAUCCUGCCCCUGUCAUCAACUCAUUCACUCCAAUGUCGGGACCAGUUGAAGGUGAUACAGCAAUCACUGUGACAGGCACUGACUUCGGAAAAACUUUUGUCCUCAUUCAGACCUCCAGUCUUACAUUAGGAGGCGUGGCCUGCACUCCCCUCAUCACUGGUUACAUACCAUGGCAGCAGUUUGUCUGUGAGACCACUCAUUUUUUAACAGAAGGGUCAAAAGACUUCUCUCUGACCAUUAACUCUAGAGCAGCCAUUGUAAACGCUGGCUCCUUCACUGCAGUGGAACCUACUGUCAGCAGUAUGACUCCAACCUUUGGAUCCAUGGAUGGGGGAACUGCAGUGGUUGUGAUGGGGACUGCACUGGAUGUGGGUAAUCAGGAGGACACUAGAGUCUCUCUGGAGAUCAGUGGGUCAAACUACGUCUGCAACAUAUCAUCUAUCGAGUCUCAAGAGAUUCAUUGCAGGACCUCAGCAACAGACUUCACCUCCGCUGCAUUAGUGGUAGUGUCCAUUGAUGCUGCCAGAGUCAGCAAUCCAGGAGUGGUCUUCAUUUAUCGUAACAACCCCAAUGUUACUGCCGUGUUUCCUAGCAACACCAUUCCCAGUGGAGGCAUUACACUGACCUUUACUGGACUGGACUUGGAUCUGGUACAACAGCCUGUGUUGGAGGUCUACCAGCCAAUGGGUGCUCCUCUGAGGAGAAACUGCAGUGUUGUGGAUAAUACCACCAUCACAUGCUUGACUCCUAGUCUGACAACAACCUCACUGACCCCAUUGGACUAUGCCCUACUGUUCGAUGAUGUCUCACUCAUCACACAAGCACGUCUCCCCAUCAGCGUCCAACCAGAUCCCUCUAAAUUUAGACUAGAUAGUUCUCUAGAGGUCACCAGUGGCACAGAGACGCUCAUACGCAUUGUGGGUGAUAAUCUCGACUCAGUGGAGACUAGUGAAAUACGAGUGACCGUGGGAGGGGAGGAGUGUACCAAGACAUCCUCCAAUAGUACAGGUAGUGUCCUCUGUACUGUCCCCUUGCAACCGCCAGGAGGAGAAAACUCAGCCAUCAUUCAGGUGAACGUUGGGAGCAACAUCUCUCGAGUAUUGGACCAGCAACUGACCUACACAAGUCCUGUGACUGCAGAUCCACUGGAGAUCAUCAUCCCGAGUGUAUUGGGGGUUAUUGUGAUGAUCGUGUGUAUAAUGCUGACCAUUUUUGUCUGUGUCUAUCUAAAGUCUCGAAGAAAGACCAUGUCAAUUGCUAUGCAUGAGCAGAUGAUGGAAAUCGUGGCUAAUACGGGAACACAGGAGGAUCUAUUUCCUGCGGAUGGCAACACAGCACUCGUUAAAUCGGAGCUCGAUGAGAUUGCUGAGUCCAUCCCAGACUCAAUCAAAAUACCAGCCUCCAUAUUGAAGCUCUCCAGUACUGCAAUAGGACAAGGUGAAUUUGGCAUUGUGUACAAGGGAGUUCUGACAGACUGGAACAGUGUACCUAUUCAAGGGGUGGCCGUGAAGACAUUAAAAGGUCUGUUCUCAAUGUCCGAUGUUCAGAGCAUGGUGUUUGAGGUGACCAAGAUGCAGGACUUUGACCAUCCUCACGUUAUGUCCCUGAUUGGGGUGUGUCUCGAUGCUGGCCCUGGCAUUGCCAUAGUGAUGCCAUAUAUGGCCAACGGGAGCCUCAUUAGCUAUCUCAAGAAAGAGAGGAGCAGCCUUGAGUUGGACGAUGAGUGUGAGAUUGAUCAGAUUCUGGAAGUGAGGAAACUGCUACUAAAGAUGUGCCAUCAGAUAGCAUUGGGAAUGACCUACUUGGCCGAGCAUAAGUUUGUCCAUCGCGACCUUGCAGCCAGAAACUGCAUGCUGGACUCGGGAGGGGGUAUCAGGGUGGGGGACUUUGGUCUGGCUGAGGACGUCUAUGCUAGUGGCUACUUCAAACAGAAUGACCGAGGCAAUGUGAAGCUGCCCUACAAAUGGAUGGCAUUGGAGAGUCUCAAGGAUGCCAUCUUCACAGAGAAAACUGAUGUGUGGUCAUAUGGUGUGACUUUGUGGGAGAUUUUCAAUGGAGGAAGGACCCCCUACCCUGCCGUUGACCCGCUGUCCCUCAUCCAGCUGCUGAAAGAGGGGCGGAGACUAGAGAAACCUCUAAACGCAGCCUGUGCCACAGAGAUUUCUGAAGUGAUGUCUCAGUGUUGGAGGGAAGACCCAGAGGAGAGGCCAACCUUCUCACAACUGUCCUCCAUUGUGGAGAGACUACUGACAUCCAUUUCUGGCUAUACUGAACUUGGUAUGGUGCUACUGAACCCACUUCAAGAAGCAGAGGAGCUCAAAUGUGACGGUGAACCCACACUUACUGAUCAUGAAGACGCUCAUCACUAUGUCGACCCUCCGUCAAGUUAUCCUCUAACAAUUAAGAACAGCGGAGCGUACAACCCCAGGGAAGAAAUUACUACAACAGACAAUUUAUAACUAAUGUAUAUGGAGUAAUGUAAUUGCUCUGCAGCAUGCAUGCAUGCAUGUAGUGAUAGCUGGUGCAACGGACCAUGCAUGGUACAAUGUAGUUUAUUACACACAUCGGUGUUUAUCGUAGCGUAGUGAUCAAGUAUAAUACACGCUUUGCACAUUUUUAUUAUUCUUCCAUGCAAUAAUA